UCACAUCCUGGUGUUUGCCUGCAGCAAGAUGGCGGCGGUCUCAAUGUCAGUGGCGCUGAAGCAGGCGUUGUGGUGGAAAAGGGCAGUGGCUGUGGCUGCCCUUUCCGUUUCCAAGGUUCCGACCAGGUCGUUGAGCACUUCCGCAUGGAGAUUGGCACAGGACCAAACUCAAGACACGCAACUCAUAACAGUUGAUGAAAAAUUGGAUAUCACUACUUUAACUGGUGUUCCAGAAGAGCAUGUAAAAACUAGAAAAGUCAGAAUCUUUGUUCCUGCUCGCAAUAACAUGCAAUCUGGAGUAAACAACACAAAGAAAUGGAAGAUGGAAUUUGAUACCAGGGAGCGAUGGGAAAAUCCUUUGAUGGGUUGGGCAUCGACGGCUGAUCCCUUAUCCAACAUGGUUCUAACAUUCCAUACUAAAGAAGAUGCAAUUUUCUUUGCAGAAAAAAAUGGAUGGAGCUAUGAUGUUGAAGAGAAGAGAGUUCCAAAACCCAAGUCCAAGUCUUACGGUGCAAACUUUUCUUGGAACAAAAGAACAAGAGUAUCCACAAAAUAGGUUGGCACUGACUAUAUCUGUGCUUGACUGUGAAUAAAGUCAGCUGUGCAGUAUUUAUAGUCCAUGUAUAAUACAUCUCUUAAUCUCCUAAUAAAUUUGACCUUUAAACUAAA